AUGUCAUUGAUGCAGCGUCGACGCUCAGGCAUGAUGGAAGGUGAGACUGCAGAUAAGCCUUGGACCGGAGGAUCGCUGAGGUUCAACUGGAAAGAGAAGGACAGAGGGCCUUGUCUGAGCCGAGGAGAAUCGAUGGUCAAAGUGGUGGAGAUCAGGGCCAAGAUGAGGUGGCACGACCAACAGGGUUGCCACAAGCCUUUGCGCCUGGUGCUCAACAGCAGAUGGUGGUUGCUCAGCAGACGACUGGACCUUUGCCAGGUGGUGGUCAGGGACGUGCUGCAGCUAUGGUGGCUGGCCAGUUCCUAUGGGGAGCUGCUCAAGGAGCAGGCCUUGGGUGAUGCACUUUGUCCUGGAGCUCAAGGUCAUCCUGGUGUACCUCAGGGCGGUCCUUCUGGUCUACUUCCUCUACAAGGUCCUCCUGCUGGACAUCCUCAAGGCAGCGAUCAGGGAGUCGGUGAGCAAAAUGGUGGCCGACCUAGGGGAUGGCAUUCUGGUAGUCUGUUGGGGCCAUUGGCGGAGCCGCUGCCGCCAUUGGUGGCGUUUCAUCUGCUGCAGGACCAGCUUCAGAUGGAAUCUGCCGCAGUUCCACACCAGCCUGUGCCACAGCCUCAGGGAAACCCCCUGCUAUACAAGACCAAGGGAUCCAUUGGCAGUGCCCAUGGUGAGCCCGGUUCCCAUGCAGGCAUUGGCCACAGGGAUGAGCUCAGAGAUGAGAUCAGACAGAGGGUGAUGCGGGAGGCAGAAGAGGCUUUUGCCAGAGAAGUGAGAAGGCUUCAGGGGCCAACCGAAGAGACCCAAUCAUACCAGUCAGCUUCCAGUGGAGCUGGAGUUGGUGUCGGAAUUGGACAGACCAUGGGUGUUCCUCAACCUAUGGGAGGAGGCCGUAACAGGCCCCCUCGUGGAAUGGGAGGCAUGCCGUCUCCGCCACCUGGGAUAGCUGUUCCUGCGCAAGCGGGAUCAGCUUUGACAGAAGCUUUGCGAACCUUGGAACUACCCAAGCUCCCUGCUCCUGGGGGAGAAGGGGCAUCUCUCCAAUUCGGAGACUGGCUCACAGUAGUGUAUCCACUGAUGAGCGAUGUGUCAGGAUCUGCCAGCGAAUGGUGGGGAUCAAUGGCCCAAGCCGUGGAGAACCAUUAUUCGCAGUGGUUGACUGUCAACACCACCUGUGCACUUGGAAGCGAAUCCACGACUGGAACAGCGAGCAGUCACAAUGCUCUUGGGUGCGUUGCCGGAGUCCUUGAGACAGGUGGUUUGGGUGAACGGACAGGAUUGAUCCGGUCCAUCAGCGAGGUGAAGGAAGGGUCAGGUGAGUUGCGUGUGACGAUCGAUCCUCUGGUGCUGACAAGUGUUCUGUCAAAGUUCGCGGAUGGGGCUGCGAAACUGGGUGGAAGCCAAGUGGCUUUCCGACUGGCAUCCAUGCGCCAACAGCUGGAUGUGGAUCGAGCGACGCCGUCGAAUCCGCCAGCGUUGGCACCUGUGCUGACGCAGGGGAAUCCGGCUGUCAAGGCCUUAUCCGGUGAUGGGCAGAAGCCUUGGGAAGGGAAUGAUGGGCAGAAGCCCUGGGAAAGACAGGAUGGUGAUAAAGCACCAUGCCACUUUUGGGGCACCGAGGAAGGGUGUCGUGAGAAGCGCACGUAUGCACAUUCCUGGGGAUCACUGGAGAAAUCCUCAAGGCGCUUGCUCUUCUCAUCCACGAAGCAUCGGAAGAAGGGUUGUCCAACUGUUAAACCCAAGGAGGGGAAUGGCGGUGCUCAAAAGGGCAACCGGAAGGUUGCCAAGAUCCAAGAUAAGAAGGGCCAAAAGGGCUUGGAAAAGGCAGGCCAAAAGGAGACACCUUCGCCUGCGAAGGAGGCAGCGGAGGACUUGGUGCAGAACCUCAGUGGUCUUGUGAAAUCCAUGACAUCGAUCAAGUCGUUGUUCAUCAAGACGGUGAAAGCAGAUGGGGAUGACAGCGGUGAGUAUGCACUGCUUGACGGUGGAGCCAAGCAUGCUCUGAGGCAGGCAAAGAGCUCGGAGAUUCCUCAUCUCUGGCCAGUCCAAGUGGAAAUGGCUAUGGGCAGCGUGACACUGUACAAGUGCCCAGCGCACAACACCUUGCUGGCAUUGGAUAGUGUGGAGCCGAUCAUUCCACUUCGCUUGUUGGUGGACCAUGGAUUCAAGAUCAACUGGCAGAAAGAUCGAUGUGACAUCUCACAUCCCAAGCAUGGAACCUUGGAGCGUGUGAGACGGCAGGGUUGUCCAGUGAUGGAUCGACAGUCCGCUUUGGAUCUUCUGGAAUCAUUAGAGAAUGGUGGCAUUGGGGGCCACUAUGAGCCAUCUGACCAUGAAAUAGAUUGGUGGAAGAAACGGAAUCCACAGGUUCCCGAAAGGAUCUGGGCAUUGAUGAGCGGCCAGGGUCUGAACUGGGAAGAGGUUGCCUCUACCUUGCCUUGGAACAAGGCCAAGAGACGAAGAUUGGAAAGGGCUCGAGGUGGAGUGGUGGUUCACCUGUUCUCGAUCGCAGCGGGCCCACCUAGCAGAACGGUGAGUCGCUUUCGCCACAGAUCUCCAGGGCCCCGCCCGCUGAGGGGCAGGCGGGAUCUUCGGUUCGGGUUGAAAGACCUGAAUGAGCGCGAGUCGAUGAGGGUGGAUGGAGAUUCCGCCUUGUGGCUGAAGACCUUGGGUCUUUAUGAAAGAUCCCAGGAAGGAAUGGCCGAGAAUGGGCUCUCGGGUCGAUGUGGCCUUGUGGUGGAGCAUCCCCAAGAUCCUCAAGAGUAUGUGGAUGACGGGAAGGAGUAUCCAUCAUUCUGGGAGUGGGAGGAGACGGCAGAAUUCCUCCAACGCCACCGAGACAUGUUCCAGAUCCGAGUAGAUCAGGCAGGGCUGAAACAUCAGAGGCCCAAACCAACCACGUUGUCCAACAUGGGACAGCUGAAGGAGCUAGAUGGGAUCACUUCGAAUGGAUCUGGAAAAGAGAUUCAGUCGGAUCUCACCAAGGGCACCGAUCUGGGUGUCUCCAAGCGCAGAAAGGUGGAGUACGCAUUGAUCGCGACCAUCCCAGUAGAUCCAGCAGCUGAUUCCAAGGAAGCUCCAAAGGGGGGAGACGAAGUUCAUCCAGGGGAGGAACAGCCUGAAGCUGUAGUUCCAUCCGUGGAAGAAGAGGAAGCGGAUGAACUGCUGCUGGAUCCAGAGCCGAAAGAUCUGAUCCCGGAAGCCGAAGCCAAGAAGCGAAAUCGGGCUUGGGAGGACUUUGUGAAGAAGGAAGUCCACGAGAUCCCAGGAGGUUCCUGUGGUGAACAUAACCUUCACCGUCUCCGCAAGUUGUCAAUGGACAACACAGCAAGCUCCGAGAGAAUCGAGAAGAUCAUGGACAUGACCUUGGAGGAACUGAGCCAAAGUCCCAUCGACUUCGGCAAAGCUCACCUGGGAAAACUGUAUCGCGAUAUGGUGAGCGACACCAAGUAUCUAGCCUGGUUCGCCGAGACGUACAAGCACAGUCAGAAGAUCGGCCACAUCCGAUUUCUCAGGUUCAUCGAGCUGCACCUCAACCAGAUCGAAGGGCAGAUGGCCCAGGCCGGUCCCAAGAGCCGUGCCAAGGCCAAGGGGGCGCCCAAACAACAGAGUCGUCCACCUGUGGCAGAUCUUCCUCACGAUCCCUGGCAUCCUCCCUCGGACGAAGAGGAGCUCAUGGGCCAACCAUGGGAGCCAGUCCGGGCACCAACGAUGGAGGAGGAAAAGAUUGUCAUGAUGCGAGAGCGCAUGGGAGAGAUGGAGAAUGUCUCGCAGCAGAUUCUGAGCCAUUUGAAUCCCGGUCAGCCGACUUCCAGUCGGUGA